AUGUCAUCUGCAUAUGAGUUGACGGUAUACUUUGGCACUUUCAUUCACCUGCCUCGUCUAGAAGACAAACCUCGGUCCAAGCCACAAUUAGUUCGCAAUCAUGGUGCACUCUGGGUGUCUGCAGUUGAUGGUCGCAUCAAGGGCUAUGACUGGCAGAUUCAAGAUGAAACCGAGAUGCACGAAUUGAUAACGCGCAAUGGCUGGGUCGAUGCUGAUACCAUUCUUGACGCGACCACGAAUGGAGUGCACACACCUGUGAAGAUUGUCAUUUCAAACUCAGAGCUAAACGAGUUUUUUUUCCCAGGCUUCAUUGAUACCCACAUUCACGCUCCACAAUACCCAAAUGCCGGACUCUUCGGUUCAACCACUCUUCUAGACUGGCUGGAGGAAUACACAUUCCCCAUGGAAUCAGGCUUCGGCGCCAAAACCCCAAGCCACACCAACAAUCCCAAAGAUGCGCCCCCUUCCGCCAUCCGCAUCUAUGACCAGGUCAUCUCCCGUACUCUAUCACACGGAACAACAUGCGCCUCCUACUUCGCAACCAUCCAUGUCCCCGCCACAAACGCCCUUGCUCGUCUGUGUCACAGCAAAGGUCAACGAGCUUUCAUCGGGCGCGUCUGCAUGGAUAAUCCAUCCUUCUGUCCUGACUACUACCGCGACGCCUCAGCCACAGACUCAGUAACAGCAACAAAGUCUACAAUUGAAUAUAUCCACGCUAUGGACCCUGAAGGCACACUGGUGAAACCAAUCAUCACACCUAGAUUUGUACCGACAUGCACCCGCCCUGCACUCGAGGGCCUGGGUAAACUCGCUGCAUCAUACAAUCCACCCCUACACAUCCAAACGCAUAUCUCGGAGAACGUCAACGAGGUCGCUCUCGUCAAAGAACUCUUCCCGGAAUCAAGCAGCUAUGCCGGUGUCUAUGACACUUAUAAUCUACUUACGCCACGCACUAUCCUCGCUCAUGCCGUGCACCUCACAGCAGAGGAGCGUAAAUUGAUCCAUGCGCGCGAUGCAAAGAUCUCGCACUGUCCUGCUUCCAACUCCGCUCUCGGGUCUGGUAUUGCACCUGUCCGUGUCUUGCUCGAUGAGGGGAUCACGGUUGGUCUCGGAACAGAUGUGAGUGGUGGGUACAGUCCCAGUAUCCUCGAAGCCACGAGACAGGCUUGUCUUGCGUCUCGCUUGCUGAGUCAUACGACCUCUUUCGCGGAGCAUCAACAUCACCAUGCGAAUGGGAGCGGAGAUGCAGGUUUGGUUGGAAGGGAGAAACUUUCCGUAGAGGAGAGUUUGUACCUUGCCACGCGUGGUGGCGCUGCGGUCGUCGAUAUGGCGGAUGAUCUUGGUGGGUUUGACGAAGGGAUGAUUUUCGAUGCGCAGUUGAUUCAGCUGGGUUCUGUGCGCGAUAUAUGGCAAGACCUAGCUGACGGGCCUGGAAAUCUUGUUCAGCCCGGUCCGAUUGGUAAUGUUGAUCUCUUCGGCACAGAGAAGUGGGAAGAGAAAAUCCAUAAAUGGGUCUGGGGUGGUGAUGACCGGAAUGUCAAGGCUGUGUGGGUUGCGGGACGAUUGGUUCAUGAACGUAUUUAG